AUAGUUGUUAAUUCAGUAUUUAAUUUAAUUAAUUAGAUGUGAAGGACAAGGAGAAGAGCCGUCUCGCACUUUGUCCGGAUUUACAAAUCUUCCCUCAACUCCGCCCAAAUCUACUCAACCUCAACUUGAUAGAAUUCCACUAUGGAGAUCAUCAGCCCAAGGAAGUUCCUUCACAUGAUAGAAUUUCACCAUAGAGUCCAAGAUUCCAACAAAAUAUGUGCAUGCUUAUGUGCAAAUUUAUUUAGGCAAGAUAGACACUUUUGGACAUUCAUCCCAGCCAGUAAACAUGAUGCUUGAACCUGUAAAGUGUGGACAGUGAGCUGCCGUUAGACACUUUUGGACAUUCAUCCCAGCCAGUAAACAUGAUGCUUGAACCUGUAAAGUGUGGACAGUGAGCUGCCGUUAGACACUUUUGGACAUUCAUCCCAGCCAGUAAACGUGAUGCUUGAACCUGUAAAGUGUGGACAGUGAGCUGCCAUUCUCUUCUCCAGCUAAAAGUGAUGGGUAUAUACCUCAGUUCCCCCAAAACAGAGAAAUUCUCAGAAGAUGGUGGGAAUGAUAGGGUAAAAUAUGGUUUAUCAUCAAUGCAAGGAUGGCGUGCAACAAUGGAAGAUGCUCAUGCAGCAAUACCUGAUUUGGAUACUUCAACAUCCUUUUUUGGUGUCUACGAUGGUCACGGAGGUAAAGUUGUUGCUAAAUUCUGUGCCAAGUAUCUACAUCAACAAGUGCUCAAGCAUGAAGCAUAUUUACAUGGUGAUAUAGGAACUUCGGUCCAGAAAGCCUUUUUCAGAAUGGACGAGAUGAUGCGUGGUCAGAGAGGAUGGAGAGAGCUGGCUGCACUGGGGGAUAAAUUAAACAAGUUCACGGGUAUGAUAGAGGGCCUUAUUUGGUCUCCAAAAAAUGGUGAUGGAAACAGCCAUGUUGAUGAUUGGGCAUUUGAGGAGGGGCCUCACUCUGAUUUUUCUGGACCUACUUCUGGAUGCACAGCUUGUGUUGCAAUCCUUAGAGAGAACCAACUCAUUGUUUCAAAUGCUGGUGACUCUCGCUGUGUCAUUUCAAGGAAGGGCCAGGCAUACAAUUUAUCGAGGGAUCAUAAACCUGAUCUUGAGGUUGAGAGAGAGAGAAUCUUAAAAGCUGGUGGUUUUAUUCAUGCAGGACGUGUGAAUGGAAGUCUAAAUCUUGCAAGAGCUAUAGGUGACAUGGAAUUCAAGCAGAACAAGUUUUUGCCAGCUGAGAAGCAAGUUGUAACUGCUAAUCCAGAUAUAAACACUGUUGAGUUGUGUGAUGAUGAUGAUUUUAUUGUGCUAGCUUGUGAUGGUAUAUGGGACUGCAUGUCCAGCCAGCAAUUGGUGGAUUUUAUACACGAGCAGCUGAAGUCGGAAAGCAAGCUUUCUGCAGUAUGUGAAAGAGUUCUCGAUAGGUGUUUAGCGCCUUCUACUGCUGGAGGUGAAGGAUGUGACAACAUGACAAUGAUUUUGGUGCAAUUCAAGAAACCUUUUCAGUCUGGGGCUUCUUUAGUUGAAGAACUCCCAGCUUCUAACGAGAAACUCCCUGCUCCCAGUGAGGCCACUAACACUGAAACAAUACCAGCAGAGAGUGGAUCUAGUUCAUAGCCCUUGCUCGCCGUUUUGGAUCUGAUACUUCCAAGUCUGCAAUUGUACAUGAUUGUUUUAAUCUGUAUGGACAUAUAUUUUGCUUCUGGUUUUGUGUGUCAUUGCGUUUGUAUUAUAAUUACUGGAAUGGAUUGUAUAGAUUACUUGACCACAUGUUAAUUAUUUCAUGUACCCAAUUGUUUACUCAA